AUGGAGAAGAAGAUAAGAAAACUAGAGAAGGAACUCGCCGACUACGAGUUUCCCUAUGAUGCAUUGGAGAAGGAUGCUAAUGGAGUGAUUACAGCAAUAAAGAAAGUCAAAGAUCUGAAGAAGCAAGUAAAGAAAAUGGAAGAUGAGAAGAAGAAGCUAGAAGAAGAGAUUGAGAAUCUGAGACAAAAGUGGAAGAUUGUGAAAUCCAGGCUGAACAAGAUCAUCAACGAAACAAUUUGCUACAAGCGCAAAAUAUCGAUGUUUCUGCAAGGAAUGAUGAACAAGAGAGUGAGAAGUCGAAACUCCAAAACUCUGCUCAAGCUCUCGGACUCCAUUCAUUUUGAGAAUGGGCAUCAGAAGACGCAAGAAGAGGAGAGUGCACGAUUGAAUGCCGAAGCAGCAGCUAAAGCAAAGAAGGCAGAAUAA